AUGCAUGGUACUUGGUAUAAAGGACCACAACUGGCACAUUCACACUCUCAUACCGAGUAUCAUCAGUUUCGUUCAUAUCCUUCUUUUGUUGUUACCCCCUAUCACGACGCUUCUGCAUCCACAUCGGUGGUAUCAGCAGCGGCUGCUGCAGCUUUAAACAAUUCCUCAGCACCCAGUGCUCCGAGUGCCCCGAUUUUGGUAGAGGGUUCUUUUACUGCUUCUAGUGUACAAUCAUCUAAUAAUUUAACGGUUUUAAGUCCAACUAUUAAAAUUGAACAGAAUUAUAGUGAUCAUCAGCAGCAACAAGAACAACAUCAACAACAACAGCCGACGUCACAACAGCACUCACAAUCAUUGAAUGGUGUUGAGGAUUAUACUCUCAAUGGUUUGGAUUGUUCCAUUGUAGAUAGUACCACUUUUAAGAAACCAACAAAUUACGUUUGGCCUACAGCAAGCUCUGAAGCAGAAGCCAAUAACAAUACUAUUACAGAUUCUGCCCAUUUAACAAAUCCUGCUACUCCGCCCACACCACCACCCGAUACCCAUCUUAAUCUAGAACAUCCCUCGAAAUCUUACAAUAACUCGUUAAAACCCAUUGAUGAAACGGAUUUAAUUGAACAACAUCAACAUCAAGAAAUAACCCAAAGUCACAAAUCUCUCAAACAUAAACAAACAGCAGCAACAACAACAACAUCGUCGUCGUCAUCAUCAGACAAUCAUCUUGGCAACGGCUCUAAUAUGCCAAUAGGAGGAGUACAAGGACAAAAUCCUACCCAGGGUUUAGUGCAUUGGAUGAGUGCUGUAAUGGCUGAACACAUGACGGGGCAAACGCAUCACGAUCCCACAGCAGUGGGUAUGCACUAUAUGUGGAAUGGUAAUGUGGAUGUAAGUAUGAAUGCAUGUCAUUUCAUAGACGACAAUCGUUUGGAACAUCAUGCUGUAACACCACAAGGAGGCAGUGUUUUGAGUUCUGCCGGUGGUGGUCAUCAUGGUAAUCAUGUUGGUCAUCAUAGUUCCGCCUCUGCCGCUGCCCUUCUUGUUGUUCCUCAACCCAUUAAUGCCACAAAAAUUGGUUCUUCUCUAGGUGGUUCCGGCGGUGGUGGCGGUGGAGGCACAGGUCGCAAAUAUCAAUGCAAAAUGUGUCCUCAG